UCUAGUUUCGGCGCGUCGCGUCUCAUGUAGAAGUAGAUGAGCGGAGCUUCAGGAGCGGAGACAAGGAGGAGAAGAGCGAUUCUGGCCGGCAAUGUGAGAACGAACAAGCCCUUUAUCCGCCCCCGUCUCCGGUUUCCUCCUCCAGUCCUUCAGCGCGCAGCGGACCGCGGCGGAGAUGGAAGCGGUGCGCCCGGAGCGAAGCGCCCUGCCGCGGCUCUGCCUCUGCCUCGUCCUGCUGAUCCUGCUCGGCUUCCCCGUAUCCACCUCGGCCUGGGACCUGGUUCUCCUCCACACCAACGACGUGCACGCCCGCGUGGAGGAGACCACCGGACACUCCGGGAAGUGCCUCAACAGCAGCCAGUGUUUCGCCGGCGUGGCCCGGAGAGCCACGAUGAUCAAGAGGAUCCGGAGCACCGAGAGCAACGUGCUGCUGCUGGACGCGGGAGACCAGUUCCAGGGGACCGUGUGGUUCAAUUACUACAAGGGAGCCGAGGCUGCGCAUUUUAUGAACAAACUGCGCUACGAUGCGAUGGCUUUUGGGAAUCACGAGUUUGACAACGGAGUGGAAGGACUCAUGAAACCCUUCAUGGAGGAGAUCAGGUGUCCUGUUCUCAGCGCUAACAUCAAACCAGACGAAACUCUGGCCCCGACGUUUGGAAAGUCUUACCUGCCUUAUAAGAUACUCACAGUCGGUGAUCAGAAGGUGGGCGUGGUGGGGUACACGUCACGGGAAACGCCUGCUCUCUCCAGACCUGGACCACACCUGAGGUUCGAGGACGAGGUGACCGCCCUGCAGCCGCAUGUGGACAAACUCCUGACGCUGGGAGUCAAUAAGAUCAUCGCCCUGGGUCACUCUGGUUUCACCGUGGACCAGGAGAUCGCCAGGAAGGUCCGCGGAGUCGACGUCGUCAUCGGCGGACACAGCAACACUUUCCUCUAUGCAGGAACACCUCCUUCUACUGAAGUCCCUGCGGGGCUGUAUCCCUUCGUGGUGAAUUCGGAGAGCGGGCAGCAGGUUCCUGUUUUGCAGGCCUACGCCUUCGGGAAAUAUCUGGGCUAUCUGAAGGUGUCCUUUGACGAAGCUGGAAAAGUGGUGAGGACCAAGGGAAACCCCAUCCUGCUGAACAGCAGCGUGCCACAGGAUCCAGAGGUUCUUGCUGAUGUGGAGGAAUGGAAAAAGAAUCUGGCCAACUAUUCGGCCCAGGUGGUUGGAAAAACCCUGGUCUUCUUGAACGGGGAAACUGAGGAGUGCCGUUUCCAGGAAUGCAACCUUGGGAAUCUGAUCUGCGAUGCCAUGGUCGCCAACAACAUCCGAUUCUCAGACGGUGUCCAGUGGAACCACGUCAGCGCCUGUAUCUUAAACGGAGGCGGCGUCCGGGCAUCCAUUGAUGAACGCACCAGGAACGGUUCGAUCACCAUGGAGGACCUGGUCUCCGUCUUACCCUUCGGAGGAACCUUCGACCUGGUGCUGCUGAAAGGCUCCACGCUGAGGAAAGCAUUCGAAUACUCAGUGAGACGAUACGGCCAGAGCACCGGAGAAUUCCUUCAAGUGUCCGGAUUUCAUGUGGAGUUUGACCUCACCAAACCUCCGGGGCAUCGCGUGAAGAGCCUCAGCACCCUCUGCACAAAGUGUCGCGUCCCCCGCUACGAACCGGUUCAGGACGAGAUGCUUUAUAAAGUGGUGCUGCCGUCCUACCUGGUGAACGGCGGAGACGGAUUCUCCAUUAUAGGAAACGAGAUGAUCCAACACAACAGCGGGGAUCUGGACAUUUCGGUUGUCGCCCACUACAUCGCAGAAAGAAAGAUAGUUUAUCCGUCUGUUGAAGGACGCAUCAAGAUCUACAACUCGGCUUCCGGCCUGCGGGGACAAACCGCUCUGCUGGUUUUACCUUUAGUGGGGCUGCUCUGGACUCUGUGUGGAACCAUGUAAGACUGAAUCCAUCCGGAAGACACAAGAGGGCAGAGAAAAGUUUUUAACCAGACUGUGUUUUUAUAAGCUGCAUGUGAACAUGAAGAAGUAACGGCUCUGGUGGAUGUAACCCCACAGGGCUGAUGAAAACAUGUGACCUUUACUUUUAUUGCUAUUUCAAAACAAAAGGGAAGAUUUUGUUCUACUACGCUCCCAGCAGUCCGGUUGGGAGUGUCUUGGAAGUCCAUUUGGACCAAGUUUGGACAAAACUGCAAAAAAAACAAACCUAACAGGUCAAAAGGUUUCAAACUAACAGCGACUUAAAAGCUGCAGUUCUUCUAAUGACCACUAAGGCCAGUACUGAGCUGAACAAGUUAGCCUCAUAUUUCUAAUUUCUCUUUCUCACUUCUUCCACAAUAACUAAGUUCACAUUCUUACUGCGGUGGCUCACCUUAGGGCUCUAGGGCUCUAGGGCUCUAGGCGAAUUGCUGCCAAAUUACACAGUUCUCUCUUGGAAGCUUCCAAGGAAAUUGAACAUCCGAUAGUUCCCGGGACCCCCCGUGCACGGCCAGGAUUAGUGACCAGCUGCCGGUUGGUCACAACAAAGGUGACAGAAACGACCCUCAGUUAUUUUUCUGUGUUCAUAUAAACAUCUUCAAGAAUCAUUGCAUGGUGGAUUUAAAAAAAAAA